CUGACAUGUGAAAACAGAGAACUUAGUGCAGUGCAUUUCUGGAUCACAGUCCUGACUCUUGCACUAUUUAUAGAACUCUUGGAGAGAGGAAAAAAAUGACAUUUCCUUCUUUUUGAAGUCUGAGAUAUCCCAGUGCCAAUCUAAUUGAAUUCUUCCAGGUCUAUGAAGUGAGGAACAUGUGAGGAAACUGAGGCUUGAAGAUUUGGAGUGAUGUGUUCAAAUUUUUACAGCUAGAAAGGAUUUGAAUGUUGGACCUCAAAUGAUGAUAUUUAAUGUUUAAUCAGUGCCUGUUCUGUAGUUGCCAAGUCUGGUUAGCACUUUGUAGACCCUAUAAUCUCGGGAGGCAAAUAUCACUAUUUUACUGUCAGAGAAAUGAAGUGACUUGCCUAAGUCACACACAGAAGUGAGGGCUGGUAUUUCAAGCCAGAUCUGCCUGGUUCUAGAAUUGGGCUUGGUGGCAAGAGGUUUCUUAAAAGUUCAGAUCCAAAGUCCAUCUGUGCUCAGUGUAUUCAGUCAGGCUUGAUUUUAAACAUGGGUCAAGGAUGAGCAGUAAGGCGUCCUUUGGUGAGUCAGUUAACCUCUUAACAUCAGUGUCUUCAUUUGUCAGAUGAGGAUGAUAGAUAGCUGCCAGCGUUGGGAGGUUUCGGUAUGAUUGUACACUCAGGGGUCCUCCAACAAACGAUGGCAUCUCUCUGCCACCUCUUGAGAACAUUCACUACGGCUCCAUUCCCUCUCAGCAGAACUCCACUCAUUCAUUCAUUCAUGCCUUCAUACCUGGCAUUGGAAUCGAGUGCUAGCAAUCUUUCUCUGUUUUGAGAUUGACAAAGGCAAUCCACGAUGAGGGUAAAGAGAGAAGAAAAUGUCCAGCAGGAAAUAUUCCUGAAAUAUCCAGACUCCACCCAUGCAACUUUGCUCAUACGAUUGAAUUCAGUCAGUGCCCGGGAGGUCAUUCAGCUGACUGGCUGUGCCCCAUGACAAGUGACGGACUCGGUGUUGACUCAGAGAUUAAGGAUUGCGUUGGGGGACAGAAGUAGGGCAGCUGGGGGACCAAACAACAGCACAGCCUAGAGGGGUCCUGGUGGUCAGAACAUUGAGUAGACUGCGUUUGUAAAGUAGUCAGGAGGAGGGGUGGGAGGUGAAGAGUGGGGGCGCCUUCUGCAGGAUGAUGGCUUCGUUGAGGGUAGAGGUUGGUAAGGGACGGAGAGAACAAGCAAGGAAUUUGGCGAGAGGCUGGUGAAAUAGGGUGCAUUCUUCUCCGUGUGAUCAACUUCCCCUUGUGUUCCCUACCUCACUCCUCUUCCCCGACAAUCCAUGUUAACCGCGAUCGCCUGAUUUGAAGAGCAAUGAAAUUGGUCUCAUAGAACUGUGCGCCUGGAGACUGGCAAGGCCUGUAUCAGAUGAUCGUGAACCUCAGUGUGAGAUCGGAGGGUGUUCUGGCGGGGUCUGGCUCAUAGAAACAGACUUAGCGAAAUGAGUUUCUUUUAACUGGAAGGAUAUAGGUCUUCAUGAAGUGGAGAUUCGUGGACAAAACUCAAGUAGAGGAAGCAUUCACCAGUUUCUCUUCUUGAAAAAUAAUCAAAUGUGAACAUUUUCCUGCUCAACUAGUGCUGUAUAAACGAGAACAACUUUUCUGGAGAGCAUUUGAGCCCCUCGCACAUCCAAGCGAUCUGGAAUUGGAAAGGCCAACUUCUCUCUUCUCAUUUUUGGGUUAGAUUUCUCCACCUGCAUCACUGCCCGGCACAGACACAGAUCAUUUUGUUGCAAAAUUUUAAUGCAAAACAUACAUCACUUUUUACUCUAGAGAUGAGCGAUCAGGAAGUAACUUAUUCCACCGUGAGAAUUCUUCAGCCGCCUUCACAGUCACAAAAUAGAUUAAGGCCUUGUGGUGCUGAAAUCGCUCGCAAGACUGAUGGAAAAGAGUCUUCAGUGUGCUGGCCUCGCUUUGCAGUGAUUCUGGGGAUCUUCUGUCUAUUUCUGCUGAUGGCAGUCAUAGUGUUGGGGACAAAGAUUUUUCAGUAUAUUCAAGAAAAGCAUCACCAGGAGGAAAUUCUACGAAACCUCAGUCAAAAGUACGACAUCCUGCAAAAUGACAGCUACUCAGUUAGGCAACUUUUGACAAAUAGAACUGCAGAAUGUGGCAUUCUUAAAAUGAAACUCUGUGGCGAAACUCUUUGGGCUUACUCUACAGAAAAGAUGGAAUGCUGUAGGAAAAAGGAGAUGUCUUCAAAGUGUUUGCAAAAUACAGGCCAACUCAAGAAAGUUCACUGGUGCUGUUGGGGAAUAAAGUGUUACUACUUUACCACUGAAAUUGGAGACUGGAAGGGAUGUAAACAGAUUUGCCAAAGUUACAGUUCUUCUCUUUUGAAGAUAGACUUCGCAGAAGAACUGACCUUCCUUCGAUCCCAGAUGUCUCAAAAUUCCUACUGGAUUGGAUUAUCAUUUAAUAAAGAGGAAAGUAAAUGGAAAUGGAUUGACGGUGACACAUGUGGAUUUAAUUUGAAGGUAAUGAAUUUUCCUUCUGGGAUAGGAAAUUGUGUGUUUUUAACCCGAACAAGAACAUCAGAUAUUGCAUGCUCGAAUAUCUCCCAUUGUAUCUGUGAGAAGAGAAUUGAUUGCUUCAAUAAAUGCUAAGAAGAAAAGGAUCCCAUGCAGGUUAUCACGUUGCAUUUAGUUGUCAUGCGCCCUGAGGCUACACUUGGCUGUUACAGACUCCCCUUGUUGUUGAUGAUCUCAAUAGUUUUGAGGAGUGCUAG